CUCAUCAUAGUACAGUUGUACUUUUGAGCUGCUUUCCUUUAGUGUGUCCACGCUCAGUGAUGAGGCUGUCAGAACCAGUAUUGGACAUGGAAAUGGCAAACUACAGUGAAGUGUUAGAUCCAACGUAUACUUCAUUGGAGUUUGAAACUAUGCAGAUUCUGUAUAAUGGCAAUGACAGUUCUACAGCAGAACCGCUCAACAUGAACACUGCUGACAGUGGAGCCAGUGGGUUUUGUGCAAUAUGUGGAGACAGAGCAACUGGCAAACAUUAUGGUGCCUCCAGUUGUGAUGGAUGCAAGGGAUUCUUCCGACGUAGUAUACGGAAAAGUCAUGUUUAUACCUGCAGAUUCAGCCGACAGUGUGUUGUUGACAAGGACAAAAGGAAUCAAUGCAGAUAGUGCCGUUUAAAAAAGUGUUUUCCAGGAAUGAAAAAAGAAGCUGUACAAAAUGAGCGGGACAGGAUAAGUACGAGAAGAAGCACAUUUGAUGGCAGCAACAGUCCCUCUAUUAACACAUUGUCACAGGCUGAGGUGCUUUCCCGUCAGAUCUCUGUCUCAAAUACUGGUGCUAAUACUGACAUAAGUGUAAAGAAAAUUGCCACUAUUGGUGAUGUCUGUGAAUCUAUGAAGCAGCAGCUUUUAGUCCUUGUAGAGUGGGCUAAAUAUAUCCCAGCCUUCUGUGAACUACAACUGGAUGAUCAGGUUGCCUUACUAAGAGCGCAUGCUGGGGAACACCUGUUGCUUGGAGCAGCAAAACGGUCCAUGAUGUACAAAGAUAUUUUACUUUUAGGUAACAAUUAUAUAAUCCAUCGCAACAGUUCCGAAGUAGAAAUCAGCCGAGUGGCAAACCGGAUUCUAGAUGAACUAGUCCGGCCAUUCCAGGAAAUCCAGAUAGAUGACAAUGAGUAUGCGUGCUUGAAAGCAAUUGUGUUUUUUGAUCCAGAUGCAAAGGGACUCAACAAUCCAUUAAAGAUUAAGAACAUGCGAUUCCAAGUCCAGAUAAGUUUAGAGGAUUACAUUAAUGAUCGUCAGUAUGACUCCAGGGGAAGGUUUGGAGAACUUUUGCUUCUGUUACCUACACUGCAGAGUAUCACCUGGCAAAUGAUUGAGCAAAUACAGUUGGUCAAACUAUUCGGAGUGGUUAAAAUUGACAGUUUGCUUCAGGAAAUGUUACUAGGCGGCAAUUCUAAUGAUGCUAGUCAUAUUCAUCAUCCAAUGCAUCCUCAUUUGGCCCAAGAUCCAUUAACUGGCCAAACUAUCCUCAUAAGUCCGAUGUCCACCCCUGUACAUACGGAACAGAUCUCAACUCCAGAAACUCCAUUGCCAUCCCCUCCACAGGGCUCUGGACAAGAAUACAAAAUGUCUACAAAUCAGGCUACAGUCAUUGCACAUCAAUCUAUUUUGAAACAAAAGCCAUUGUGAUAAUGUUUCUUUUUUUUUCUUUUAUAUGCACUGUAUAAAUUGUUAGGACACCUGAACACUGGAAAUCUCAGGAUAAUAAAUUAUAUCUUGUUCUGUUUUAAAACUUAGAAAGCAAAGCACACUAUGCAGAUUAUAUUGGUGUAUAUGUGUGUGUGUGUAUAUAUAUAUAUAUAUAUAUACACACACACACACACACACACACACACAUAUUUGGUUAACAUUUUUGGAUCAUUUAAUUGAACAGGUUCAUUUUUUAUUUUACAUUUGUAGUUGUCAUCUGUUAUUUUAGAUAUGUACAUACUUUCUUCAUUGAGAUGCAACUCUGAUUUGUGCUUAUUUAGCUAUGAAUGGUAGACCUGAAAGUGUGGGUUAAGAAAACAAUAGCCAAGAUUCCAUAACAAAUAUCAGAGUAGGAUUUUAAACAGAAUAUAUGAAUUAAAUGUAAAGUGAAAGUACUUAAUGGAAGCAAGUCCUGGUUUAUUAAAAACUCCUAACGUGGGGAAAUCAUGCCCCUGAUAAACAUCGUCAACAUAAGAAUUAAAUUUGUUGAAUGACAUUUCAUAAAUGUUAUUCAACAUAAAUUUGUUGUCAUGUUUACCUAUCAGUUUGGAUGGACAUGAUAAAAAUGAGAAGGCCAGCAACAUAGAGAAAUGAGCAAAAAGCCCCAAACAAGCAACCAUGAAAUGUGGGUUUGUGAACCUUAUUUUAUUCUGCACGUGCACUAUGUUUAUGUAACUUAUUGGUUAGUAUGUGAAUUGUCGGUCUGUGAUCCACAGAGGACAUGAUCUAUAGUCUCCAACUAAAGUGGUUGGGUUAGUACAAGCUGUAGCAGACCAUGUUUUUACUUUUGUUAGUUCCCAGUUAAAACCAUGGCAUUUUGCCUAAGAUAGUGGCCAUUGAGCAAGUAUGCAGUUGGGUAUUCAUCCAGAACUGGAAUGUCAGUGAGCUUCUAUCGCUUGUGAUGAGUCCCCACUUCUGUGAAGGCCGUCACCUUGAGUAACACAACAGAAACUGAACUCAGGGCCUCUAAAGCUAUCAGCAGGACCUGCUAUAGCUUAAACUAAAGAGGUAAACUUCUAUGGCUAGGUCCUGUAACAAUGGACAGUCCUCCAUAGCUGAACACAGAGGGGGAUCUGUAACAUACUGACCAGUGGUUACAUUUGCACACAGUUAGUAUUUAAUGUGACACUGUAUUCACCGGGAUUUAAAGAGACUGUAUUUUGCUGCACUGUCAUUCAGGAAAUGACAUCACAAAAAUACCACUUUGCACCGUCUGGUUUUUCCUAAUAGCAGUGAUAAUUCUUUUUCUAUUUAAUGGAAACUUUCUUUCAUAAACAGUUAACUAGAAAUUGAAAAUGCAAAGAACUAAAUAAUAUGGGUUGUUAGAUUAUUUUAAUGAAAUUGCACAUUAGAGUCAGAUAUAUGGUAUGCUCUGGCUUUAGUUGCCUUAAUUUAUUGUAGCAUCAGAAAACUAUGCCACCAUCAUGGUGCCACUAACUUGAUGGAUAGUAAAAUAGUACAUACCCAUCCUUAAAAACUCACAGUCCCUUUUGUGCAGACAGCCACAAAAUAAUAUAACGUAGGAAAAAUUAAGUGUUGAUUUGAAAAUGUCUAAGGUUUUAAUGAGUUCACCCAGCACCAAACAAAAUAUAAGAUACUUUAUGGUAUUUGUAGUUAUUUUAUAAACUGCAAGCCUUUAAAAAAUAUUUUUUCUCUGUCUACCGGUUAUUUUUAAGAAAGAGCAUAUAGUAAAUUGCUUUAUGGAACAGUAACAACUCCUUGUUCUCUUUUUGGUGUGUAUUCUUCACUUUUUGUUAGUAGAAUAAUAAAUUACUAACAGUGGCCUUGCAUAUAUUUCUGUUAAUGUUGAGAAAUUCAAUGUUAAUGUCAGUGGAACAGGACUGUUUGCUUUGCAUGCAUAGAGACUGAGUCUUUUAUGAAAAAAAUUAGAACCUGUUUCUGAUCGGUACUGACCCAUGUAACUCCCAUUUAAGUGAUUGUACUUAUUCCUGAAGCCAAGGAGUCCAAUAGCAAAGCUCCAAGCACUUCUAUAGGAAUAAGAUCUGGUCUACUGUUUUAAGGCUCAGCAUAUUUCACAACUGAAGUCUCACCCUGUUUUGGUUUGUUCUGUAGUAUCCCAAAAUAUUUUUUUUGAAUCCUCAUAUAACUGAUACAGAACCAGACUUUGAGCUUUGUUUUUACACUGUAGUUUAAACAGAGUAUGUACAAUAAAAUGUUUUCACACACUGCCAAAAUACUAGAUUAAAGCAUGUAACAUAGCAUUUUGUCUUUCUGAAGGAUGUUAUCUAUUUUAUGCAAUAUAUUACAUUGUCAAAUAAGAAUGUCACUACUGUAAUUUAUUGGGGAAUGCUGAUUUAUUUUAUAAAUGUUACAUUAUUUUUGUAAAUUUAAUUAUGCAAAAUCAAAAACGAUUACCUUUGUUAAGCAUUAAAUUAUCCUAAAUUAAACGAUGUGUUUGUCUAGUGAGCAUGCAGGAUAGAAAUAGUUCCUGGAAAAGUUUCCGAACUGCUUUUCAUCAGUGCUCAAUAAACAGAUAUGCAAUGUAUGUGUAUGCCAAAUCUGCCUCCUGGGCAUUUUUUUUUUUACUAUUUAUAUACUUUCAUGUAAACAAAGAAAGUGUUUUAUAUCGCUUUACAAAUAAUUACCCAAAAGAUAGCA